CCUCCUAGUUCUCCACUCAGCCCCGACACCAUCCUUGGGACAGCCAGGGACUCCGCAGCUGUCGGGUUGUAUUAUUCAAGCAGCAGCUCAAAUUUGCCCUGGCGUUCAAGUGCAGUUGCGACCGAUUUACAUUCCAGCAUCUGCGAGGAGUGGAUUGCCCUCACGUGUUUCUCUCACCGUCUCUCUCCAGGGACGUCGGCAUCUCCUGCCCAGUGCUCCCAGCAUCAGCUACCUGUAAUUUCACAUGGAACAGAACUUGGGACGGGGCUGGAGAGCAGCCGUUCUCGCUCACACCUAUGAGUCAGUCACCGAAGACGUAAAACCCUCCCGAGUCACCAGGACUGUUUAAGGAAGGGAGUCGGAGCAAAUACUGCUUGAAUUUUCAUGGGGAGGAAAAUCAACGGGCUAGGCAGCAGCAUGAGGAUUAUUUCCAGCAAAUCAAUCGCUUCCCCAUCUACCUGCCUGCUACUGCUCGUGUAUGCUUUGGAGGCACAAGCCUCUGGGUGUUUGCAAGUAGCAGUCUUGUAUCCCCCACUUGCCUUGGGAGUCCUUUCAAGUUGUUUCUUGCCUGGGGGACAAAGAACAGAGCAGAGAGCUGCUCUGAGGCUGGAUGUCUGCAGGUGCUAGCAUGGGUUAAGACUCAGGCUGAGGCUCUUACGUCGACAAGGACUCUCCACGUCUAAUGGAGCCCCAUCAGCUCAGCCAUGCAGAACCUCGCUGUACGUCUGACGACAGCUCCUCGAUAGACCAGCUUUGACAUUAACACCAUCUAUAAUUUGGACUUUCCGGCUGGAACCACCCACACUUGCCUGCUGAUUGCAUCACCCUGGGACCCAAGAACAAGAAAUGGAGCAAAACCAAUGUACAUCUGCCCUCUGCCCCUCCAGGAACACAACUGUUCAGACCAACGCAACUUUUGAAGUCCUGGGUGACACCAGCGACCUAUUGGUCACCUCCGUCCUGAGCUGCAUCCUGGCUGUGAUGUGUCUGGUGGGCAUCGUCGGCAACAUCUACACGCUGGUGGUCACAAACCUUUCCCUGAAGUUCACAGGCUCGAUGUACAUUUACAUUGUUAACCUGGCCCUGGCGGAUCUCCUCUACCUGUCUACCAUCCCCUUUGUGGUCUGCACCUAUUUCGUGAAGGACUGGUACUUUGGAGAUAUUGGAUGCAGGGUCCUCUUCAGCCUGGAUCUGCUCACUAUGCAUGCCAGCAUCUUCAUCCUCACCAUCAUGAGCACCGAGAGGUACCUUGCAGUAGUCAAGCCCUUAGAUACCAUCAGAAGGUCCAGUGUCUAUCGGAGACCAAUCACCUGCCUGGUAUGGCUGGUGUCUUUCCUCCUUUCUCUUCCAACCAUGAUCCUCAUAGACCUCAGGACUAGCAAACAGAAUGGGGUGACCAAGCGCAUCUGUCACCCCACGUGGCAGAUGGAGACCUACAAGGUGUACCUCACCGUCCUGUUUAACACCUGCAUCCUGGCUCCAGGCCUCAUCAUCUGCUACUUAUAUGUCAAGCUGGCCAGGACUUACUGGAAGUCUCAGACAGCAGUUUUCACCUUCAAGGAAAUGAAUAGAUGCCCCAAGCAGAAAGUUCUGUACCUGAUCUUCAGCAUCGUUCUCACCUAUUGGGCUUGCUUCAUACCCUUCUGGCUCUGGCAGCUGCUCAGCAUCUAUUACUACCAGCUGGCGGACCCCCCCAGCAACACCGUGGUCUACAUCAAUUUUGGCGUGACUUGCCUGGCUUACAGCAACAGCUGCAUUAACCCUUUCCUGUACACAUUGCUCUCCAAGAACUACAAAGAGUAUUUACGGAGACGCCAGACAGAUGGCAGCCACCUGUCCCGGUGGAAGUCCAAGAGAAGUUCCUCCUGGCGGUCUGUGUCCUCGGGAAGCCAUGCCUACACUGAGGCCAUAGCAGUCGCUCAGAUCAAAGGGGUCCCCAGUGAGGAUGCUUGCUCCUUGUGAGAGCACCCAGGGGAAGAUCUCCCUACAUCUGCUCUUCUGCCAGAAGAUCCCAGUGACAGGACCCUCCCGCAGGAGACAGAGGCUGAGAAGGACGAUGGUAAAACUGCAUCCAAUCCCCUCCCUUUGCACCCCCCUGCCUCAUGCAGGGCUCUCCCCUCUGCUGGCUUGGACCCAGCGGGGACAAUCCCUGCAGCACCACAGACAGGAGGCCCUGAACGGCUCCUGUCCAGCCAGGAGCCCUGGCUGCUUCUGUCCCCAGCAGCCUACUCCAUGGGUACUGCUCCAAAAGGCAAUGAGUGCAAUUAGCACUGAGCUACCCCCGCUGCUGACCCCAUGGAGAGACAUCUGCAAGGGAAAGCUGGGUGGACCACAGUGCAUGUGGAACUGGACCCUACAAGCAAC